GCAAUAAGGCUGAUAAGAUUGUAGCGCUGUUACAUACAUAAAUAGCCCAAUGUAGAUAGUAGCUUUUGUUCAUUGUAUUUACAAUUAUUUCGGUCUUGCUUUGUUUUAUUUAUUUGUACUAAUUAUCCGCAUUAUCUCUUAUAGUUGUAAGGCUUCAAAAUAGCUUGUGAAACAACGUUUAUCUCUGUGUUAUCAUCAUCAAGAACAAGUCACAAACAUUGAUUGGAUAUUACUAGUUGAGUUGUGAUAAGAUUUUUUUUACUUUCCUCGUAUUUUGAUCGAAUUGUUCACAGGCGUUGCUCGCAGCCAUGAGUGAGCGUCCACAGCCUCUUAAGGCUAUAAAUCGGCUGUUUGAAGGCAAGGAGCCAUGGCAGAUUGUCACUAUGACCGCGUCUUCAGUUCUGGCCCUUGUGUGGGCACAUAGUCUGUACAAUGCCAAAGAUAGUGUCACAACGCGCAUGCGCCGCGAGUUCUUCAGAUGGCUUCGUCAUGUACCAUUGGUCAGACGGAAGAUUGAAGAGAAAAUGGCUGAGAUCACUUUGGGCUUUAAACGGGAUGCUGUCAAAAGGCUCUCUGGGUUGACUAUCAGGAAGGAGCUGCCUGAACACGGACUCACUGCGGAACAGAUCAAAGAGGAAGUUCUGAAUCACCUUAAUUUAGGUCAAUAUGACUGGAAGAGCGGGGCAGUGUCGGGUGCAGUGUACCACCUCAACUCGGAAAUAGUGUCGGUGGCGUGCGACGCGUACGCACUCACCGCCUACACGAAUCCCCUACACGCUGACGUCUUCCCUGGCAUCAACAAAAUGGAGGGGGAAGUUGUGCGGAUGGCUGUCAACCUGUUCCACGGUGACGCUGACUGCUGCGGCACGGUAACAACAGGGGGCACAGAGUCUAUAAUAAUGGCAUGCAAAGCAUUCCGCGACCUCGCCUACAGCAAGGGCAUAUCGAACCCUCAAAUAGUGGUCCCCGCCACAGUGCACUGCGCGUUCGACAAGGCGGCCCAGUAUCUAGGGUUGUCAGUGAAGAGUGUACAGGUGGACCCGGAAACUUUGCAGGUGGACGUCAAUGCUGUGAGGAGGGCGAUCGGCAGGAGGACUUGUUUGAUAGUAGGCUCAGCACCCAAUUACCCAUACGGCACAAUGGACAACAUAGCAGCCCUAUCAGAUAUAGCUUUAGAAUACGAUGUUCCGUUACACGUGGACGCGUGCCUGGGUGGGUUCCUGGCCGCCUUCAUGUCGGAGGCUGGCCACCCCGUGCCCGUGUUCGACUUCCGGCUGCCAGGUGUUGCCAGUAUAUCCGCUGAUACGCAUAAGUACGGUUACGCGCCUAAAGGCACAUCAGUAGUGUUGUACAGAAGACCAGAAUAUAGACAUCACCAAUACACCGUCACUACGGAAUGGCCGGGCGGAGUCUAUGGCUCACCUACUGUCAAUGGCAGCCGCGCCGGCGGCCUGAUAGCUGCGUGCUGGGCCACCAUGGUGUUCGUGGGCCGCUCCAAGUACGUCCAGAUGACCGAUGAAAUCAUCAAAACUGCCAGAUACGUCGAGAACGAACUUCGCACUGUGGACGGUAUUUUCAUAUUCGGCAAGCCAGCGACGUCGGUUGUCGCGUUCGGAUCUAAGAAGUUUGACAUUUUCAAGAUGGCCGACACGCUGCACAAGAAGGGGUGGAGCUUGAACGCUUUACAGUUCCCCUCGGGCGUCCACAUCUGCCUGACGCAUGCGCACACGCAGGCGGGCGUCGCGCAGAGAUUCGUGCAAGAUGUCAGGGACGCAGCUGCUUAUUGUUUACAGCACGCAUCUGAACCCGUCGAGGGAAAGAUGGCGAUAUAUGGUGUAGCACAAGAAAUCCCAGACCGAAGCCUCGUGUCAGACAUCACGAAACACUUCAUUGAUUCCACAUAUUAUCUGCCGCAGCCGGGAGACGAGAAUUUAUAAGAUUUUACGAAUUAAAGAUGUAUAGUUUUGCCACGUUUAUGUGUUACUAGCGACUCGCCCCGGCUUCGCGUUGUUGCAAUAUUAUGGAUGUUAUAUACUUAUAAAACUUACUCUUGAAUCGCUCUAUCUAUUUAAAAAAAGUUGUUUAAAAGAUCUUAGCAUACAUAGGGACAGAGGCGGGAAGCGACUUUGUUUUAUACUAUAUAGUCAUAAAACCAGAUUUAAACGUUAAUCUAAUAGCGACAUUAAUGCUACUAUUAUACGAGCUAAAAUUCGCAUUCAUAACAUUUGUGUGGUUAUGAAUAAUUUAUGAUAAGCUACCAAAUCCGUCUUGUCUUCAUAAUUACAGAAAAAAUAUAUGGUAAAUAAAAAUGAUUUCGGAUUAUUUUCUUUCAUUCCCUUGAGGUGUAUGGUACGUAGGUAUAUAAACAAGUACAUGGUACAAAUGUAUGUAUAUUUUGAUCAAAAUAAUAAGUUUGUGAAUUGUAUAAAUGUUUUUUUUAAAGUCCGAGUUUGUAUUUAUUUAUAUGAAAUAUAAAUAUGCAACAACUACUGUAAGAAUAAAGAAUAUGAUUUAUA